AUGGCGAGUAGCUACUUGCCCGAGGGCUCCCAGGUCGUCGGAACACCACUGGAGAGGUCCAAUGUAUUUCGACGUCAGGGGAACGACUUGUACUGCAAGGCUCGAGAAGUGGCUCGAAAUGCAGAUCCUUACACCAAUUUGCGUGGAGUGCAGGAGUCGGUGAAGCUCUUUCAGGCUGCCAUGGCCGAGUAUGGCAAGGCUUUGCAUUUCCUUCCGAACGACCACCGGCUGUUUGGCAAUCGAGCUUUGUGCUACCAGGCUGUGGAAGACUGGGUGAAGUGCCGCGAGGAUGCACAGCGCUGCGUCAAGCUGAAAAGCGACUACACGAAGGGAUGGCUGCUGCUUGUCAAAGCCACCUGGGAGCUGGGGCAUCACCACGAGGCAAUGCAGGAGCUGCAAAAUGGUUUACGGGCGAUACCUGGCUCGCGGGAAUUGAUGGACCUGCAGGCUGGUCUUACUUCCGGCCACCAAGCUCGCGCGGCUGGGCGAAGUGUGUCUCCAGCAUGCACACCUGGCAACACGCCACCCGUCUCGCGCUCAACUACCCCGCCAAGAUCUUUCACGCCACCGCCAGGGCCGCCAGGGCACAUGUCCGCCACGUUGCCGGCCAUUUCGCAGGGCACCGGUUCGGGAAGAUCUCCCGGGUGCUCCAGAACAUCCUCGAGAUCUCCCGGCGCCGCUCGGCCAUGUCCUCCGGGCCCAGCCCCGGGGCCUCCGCGAGUGCCAGGUUUGGAAGGAAGUCUGACAUGCGGCACAGGGACAGGAAACUUCGGUGUGCACCGCCUUCAGAUGGAAAGUACGAGCAAAAGUGAGACAUGCCAGUGGGUUGCUAAGCCAGAGCUGACCUUCGAGGCCGACACCAUCUUUUGCACACGGCCAACCUUCAUCUUCGAUUGUGGCAUCAGCUGUGGCCGAGGUUCUGCGGCAACUUUGAAGGUAUCCAUGGCUUUUGAUUGGGCUGUUCUCGAAUCCAUGCUGCUGUUUCUGGGCUGUUGGAGAUCCGUGGAUCUGCUUUAG